AGUCCCGCGGAGCCGGUCCCCGCGGCGCCUCGCGCAGCCCCGCGGCGUCCCGAGCAUCCCCCUCCCCCCCGCCGCCAUGCGGCUGGCCCUGCUGUGGACCCUCGGGCUCCUGGGCGCGGGCAGCCCCCCGUCCGCCGCCGCGCACCCCGGGGGGCGGCGGCCGGAGCGGACCCCGCCGGGACACGCCACCCCCUUGGUUUUGCGGGGUAACGGGACGGUCAGCCUGAAGGACGCCCUCCGGGACGGGCCGCCCUCCGCCCUGCGGAUCGCCCUGGACCUGGCGGGACUGGAACGCGUCCUGGACCUGCGUCGGAACGAGGUUCUGCUCCCGCGCCCCCCCUCCCCGACGUGGCCCCGGCCGGCCGGACCCCGCCACCCCCGGGCCGGGGACGCCCUGGAGAACUGCUGCUAUCACGGGACCGUGCUGGGCCUCCCGGACUCCCGGGUCUCCGUCUGCACCUGCUCCGGGCUCAGGGGACUGGUGGCGUUGACCCCGGGGGUCAGCCUGGCCCUGGAGCCGACGGCGGGAGGGCCCGACGGCCCCGUCCGGGUCACCGGGACCGACGACCUCCGCCUGCCGGGGGGGUCCUGCGCCACGCGCCCGCCGCCCCCCGGGCCGCGGCCCGCACGGCGGGUAAGGGGCGGCCCCGCCUGGUGGGUGGGGCCCGGGAGCCGGGGGGUGCCCCACCGGGCCGCUCCCUCGCCGCAGGGGCAGACGGGCCGUGGCGGAGCCGGCGGCGAGCCCAGGUUGGUGGAGCUGGUGAUCGUGGCCGACCCCUCGGAGGUCCGGCGCUACCCGGAUGCCCAGGAGCUCCAGACCCGCAUGCUGGAGGUGGCCAACCUGGUGGACGCGUUCUUCCUCCCGCUGGGGGUGCGGGUGGCCCUGGUGGGCAUCGAGGCCUGGACCCCCGGGGCCGGCGCGACGCUGAGCCGGGACCCGGGCGCCGCGCUGGACCGGUUCCUCCGCUGGCGCCGGACGGACCUGCUGCCCCGGCUGCCCCACGACAGCGCCCAGCUGGUCACGGCCUCUCUGUUCUCCGGCGCCGCCGUGGGCAUGGCCGUGCACGACUCCAUCUGCUCCCCGGAGUUCUCCGGCGGCGUCAACGUGGACCACUCGGUGAGCGUGCUGGGCCUGGCUUCCACCAUGGCCCACGAGCUGGGCCACAGCCUGGGGCUCCCCCACGACCCCCCGGGAGAAGCCUGCCCCUGCCCCGACCGACCCCCCGCCAAGAGCUGCAUCAUGGAGGCCGCCACCGCGUUCCUGCCCGGCCUGAGCUUCAGCACCUGCAGCCGGGAGGCCCUGGAGCGGGGGCUGCGGGCGGGGGGCAAGGCCUGCCUGUUCGCCCGCGGGGACCCCCGCCCCGCCCGGACCCCCCGGACCCCCCGCUGCGGCAACCUGUUGGUGGAGCCCGGGGAGCGGUGCGACUGUGGCCUCCGCCAGGACUGCUCUGACCCCUGCUGCAACGCCACCUCCUGCCAGCUGAUGCCCGGCGCCCAGUGCUCUUCGGACCAGCUGUGCUGCCGGGAUUGCCGGUUCCGCCCGGCGGGCUGGGAGUGCCGCCCCCGCCGUGGAGCCUGCGACCUGCCCGAGUCCUGCCCGGGGGACGGGCCGCGCUGCCCGCCGGACGCCAGCCUCGGGGACGGAGAGCCCUGCGGCACGGGGGCCGGGGAGGAGGCCGUGUGCGCGGGCGGCCGCUGCGCGUCCUACGCCGCUCAGUGCCGGGCGCUGUGGGGUCCCGGGGCGAGCCCCGCACCCGGCCCCUGCCUCCUGGCCGCCAACGUCCGAGGCGACGCCUUCGGGAGCUGCGGGCGCCGGGCCGACGGGGGCUACCGGCCCUGUGCCCCCAGGGAUGCCGGCUGCGGGCAGCUACAGUGCCGGGGCGGCGGCGCCCGGCCCCUGGUGGGCACGGCCCGGGAGACGCGGACGGAGACGGUGGCUGCCAACGGGACCCGGCGGGCCUGCCGCUGGACCCACCUGGACCUCGGCGAGGACGUGGCCCAGCCCCCCCUGGCCCUGACGGGCACCUCCUGUGGCCCCGGCCUGGUGUGCGUGGAGCGGAGGUGUCAGCCCGUGGAGACCCUGAAGGCGGAGGAGUGCCGCAGCAAGUGCCACGGACGCGGGGUCUGCAACAGCCGCGGGCACUGCCACUGUCAAGAGGGGUGGGCGCCGCCCAACUGCGAGACUCACGGCACCGGAGGCAGUGUGGAUAGCGGGGCCCUGGGCCAGCCCAAAGCGGCCCGCUCCCUGACCGCGGGCCUGCUCCUCAGCCUGACCCUGCUGCUGCUGCUGCUGGUGGCCCUGGGGGUCUGGUACAAGCACCGGCUCCGUCGCCGCUCCCUCCGCCGGGGCCCGGGCCGGCUCAAGGGGACCGGCGGGCUGGACAGCGAGGCGGCGGAGACGCGGGUUCGGUUCCUCCACGGGAGCUUCUGGGCGAACGGCUGGGGGGGCCCGCAGACCAGUCUCCCCCGGCGCUCCCGGGCGACCGAGCUCCAGUCGCUGUCCGGCGCUAAGAUUCGAUCGAACCGACGGAUCCGUAAGACGGGGAUCGGGAGCGGGAGCCCUCCGUGGGACGGGGACCGCGUCCACCCCCGUUUGCCCGGCCGGGCACGUGGUUCAGGGCCCCGCCAAGCCCCCCGCCCCCCGGAGGCCCUCGCCCACCGACCCCUGCGGCCGAGAGCUCCCCGACGCUACCGCUCUGGCCGCGACGGCGCCCUCCAGGCCGGCGCCCCCGCCCCCCAGCUGUACCGCGACAGGCACCGGCGCAGCCCCCUGACCCCGCCCUCGAGCCGCGUCGGCCCCGGCCCCGGCCCGGGGGACCCCCGGCGCCGCCGAGGGCGCCGGCGGAGCGCGGCGGAGGGUCGCCGGGCCUCCCGCCGCGCCGGCCGAGGACCGCGUGGCGCCGUCGGGCCGCCCGCCGCGCUCUGGGGGACCCGCGUCGGGGCCGGGGGUCCCGCCGCCCACGCCUAG